UUCACUCACAUGAAGAAGAGGAAUCUAGGCGUCCCCCUUCUGUGUGCUGAUUAACACGACGUAAGCUUUGUCUUUUCCACGUCUUUCUGUAACCUCAGCUAUCAAACCACCGCUGACCAUUAACACACCAGUCAUGGCUGCCGAGCCCAACUAUCGCAGGACAAAACCGGGUGUAAGGACAGCUCACCUUGCUAGUUCAAAUGGAGCUGUUGGACCUUCUUCACAAAUUCCGGGUUUAUCUGCAACUGCCGACACCACUCCUGAAGAAAGAACUAAGGGAAGACGUGUUGGAAUUCAGGCCACCGACUCGGAUUAUGUUAAACUUGCAAAACAAGGAGGACAGAAGGGUUUGCUGAGCCAUGAUGACCCCGUGGAAACAAAAGCUAACAGUUCCUACAAACCCACUAAUUGGUUCUCUGGCUCACCUGAUGAUCAAGAGAGCAGAAGUAAUGCAACUACCCCUGAUGGAAACGGCAUGUCUAAAGGGGUCUUACAGCAGCUGGAGCCCCCAUUUGGAACUGAUAACUGUUCAGCCUGGGAUUCUGGUAAAAAGGAUGUCAAUAAUGCUACAUCGGAGAUGCAGAAACUCUCCCUAAGCCAAAAAGACAUUGCGGAAGCCAACAAGUUCAAAAAGAUUUCUCAUGACAAGAAGGCGGCAGCUCCAGUCAACAUGUCCAAACUUCUAAGUUUUGGUUACGUUCAGGAAGAGAAUAAAACUAUCAAUGACGAUGAUGCUUCAAGCAUUACCUCUGAGCAGACCAGCACCAUUGCACCAGAGGAUGAGUUGGAGUAAAGACGACGCCCCCCCAAAACCCUUCUUCAUGAAUUGUUCUCUCGUAUUCACUAGCUCCUUUGCAUCAGCCACCCACUCUCUGCUUUAUGCAAAAACACUUUUUAGUCAUCUGAUUGUUCUCACUUUGCAUCAUUAGCUAAAUGACUUGUUUGUGCUAUGCUAACAUAUCUAUGGUGCUUGUGAUCAGGAUAACUAUACCCCUAGAAGGAAGGAAUAUCUGUAAAGUCCCUAAAUGAAAACGACAGGGUAUGUGCACCACAAAAUACAUCUUAGAUGCAUUAAGCAUUGAUGCCAAGAUGGAGCUGAUUUUCAUAAUAUUCAUUCUUCACUUGCACAUUAGCGUUCAUGGCGCAAAAUGUGACAAAACCUUAAGAACAUUAAGAUAGCACACACAUAGAGCGAUAGGAUGUACUUAUGCCACGUUAAACUGCUGUUUCUCACCUCACAUAAUGACGAAAUGUGUAAGCUGUGCAAUUAUUACACAAUCCAUGGCUGUUUCAUACAGUAAAUCUCUGGUUUGAACACUUUCGAGUGUUCUGACGGCCCAGUAGUUAGCUAGAUGAGCGCAUGAUGAACACAUAGAAAGUUACCUUAUGAUAAAUGAUUACAUGAAGUAAGAAGAUGCUAGGGAACAGGAAGGGGGUUCAGGGAGUUUGCGGUUGUGAAUGUCUGUUGUUGUUAGUAUUGAUGUGUAGUAAAUAAUAAUAAUAAUAAUAAUAAUCAUCUGAGAUUCAGUUGUUUUGGUGUUCUAUGCUGUAUAAUUUAAUGUUUCUUCCUUCUGAAAACAAUGUUUACACUUGCUGUCAGUUCAUAUCUAUAAAUGAUGACUGAAUAAAUUUGCAUGUGCAUAAAA